GAAUCAGGUUCAUCUCCGCCAAGUCGUAUGAACAGUCAGGGCGAUCCCGUGAAUCCUCCAGACAAUGAAAGCGACGAUGAGAGUACUAGAAUGAGGGAUCCGUAUCGAAACAAAUUCAAACGGACGCGAAGCGGGUUUCGAGGUGCUUGGGAAUAUGACGAGAACGACGCGACAGCCGGCGGUCGGUCGAAAAAGCAAAGGGAAAGCUGGUUGGAUGUAGAGGGAUGGAACCCUAUCAAGUGGCUUGGUCUUACAGAAGCUAACGAGGGUACCGACCGAGAUGAAGAGGGCAAAGAGAAGAAGGAAGACCAUAGAGGCAUCGAACAUGAGACACCGACUGCGGUUGACAAGCCCGAAAACGAAAUCCAGAGAACAGAAUCUCCGCAAAACACCCCUGAAGAGCCCGAAUCAAGCAAAAAUGACCCAAAUAAAUCGUCUCGGAUGCCUCGCUCGUUCUCUCUUCCCCAUAUGAAGGCGAGUCCUGCUUGGACCCGGUUGAAGGCUUUACUCCCCCAAGUGGUAACUGCCAAUAAUGAUAUACCUACCUCGUCUGCCUAUGAUGACCGAAAGCGAGAAGUCGACAUCAUACAAGAACUCACAUAUGCAGGUCUAGCACCCUUGAUGCUUCGUAUGUGGUUCGAGAGAGAUGAACGUGACGAACGACGAGUUCCUAUUCUCAUGCAUCAGUUGAAAAUUCGGGUUAGCGACUCGAUUUACCCUCUCAGCAAUAGCAAGGCCGUAUUCAGGAUCGAAUGCGAAUAUGCUAAUGGUGCCUCACGUUGGGUUAUAUAUCGUCAAUUGCGAGAUUUUCGAAAGUUAAAUCGUCACUAUCGAGUCGCAAACUUUUAUACGAUGAAGGAAGUACAACUCCCCGAUUUUCCCCGGACCA